AACCACACGAGAACUUGAAGUCUCAGUCUCCGGCCACAAGCGGUUAAAUCGAUUGAACUCCUGUUCCUAGCCACCGAAACCACCAACUCGCCAUCACAAUGAAGCACCUCGCAGCCUACCUCCUCCUCGGUCUUGGUGGAAACACCUCGCCUUCUGCCGACGACGUCAAGGCCGUCCUCAGCGCCGUUGGUAUCGAGGCCGACGACGAGCGCCUGAACAAGCUCAUCUCCGAGCUUGAGGGCAAGGACAUCAACGAGCUCAUCGCCUCCGGAUCCGAGAAGCUCGCUUCCGUUCCCUCUGGUGGCUCUGGUGGCGGUGCCGCCGCCGGUGGUGCCGCCCCUGCUGCCGCUGGUGGUGCCGCUGAGGCUGAGGCCCCCGCCGCUAAGGAGGAGGAGAAGGAGGAGUCCGACGAGGACAUGGGUUUCGGUCUCUUCGACUAAGCGCCUCGCCAAACCAUCUCUCUUUACGAUGUAUGAUACAGCAAAUCUCUCGAAAACCACGGGAAUCAUGCGCCACGAGUCGGAGCAUUUGGGGCGUGUCGAGCGCACAAUGGAUGGGAUAUGGAGAAAGGUUUUGCGGCAAUGCUACCAUAGCUGCCUGCUGAGAUACCCACAAUGAAGCCAUGCACCCU